AUGGCUGCUUCUUCCGUGUCUAUCUCACCUCGUCCGUCCCAUCAUUCCUUUCCUUCCUUCAGGAAGGUUGACCUACAGGUACUCGCUGGCGAGUACCGGCCUGGUACCCUUUUUAUGUGGGACCAGCUCUGCCUUUUUGACGAGCUGGUUUGGGGGGCCGCGGCACCAGAGAUGUUCGUCCUGGCUUGGGAGCUCUCUGGGCUCCAUACCAACCUGGUCGUGGUCGUGGCCCCGGGCACCGAAAAUGCGUGGAUACUCCGGGUGAUGCUGACGCCGGAGUUCCUGUGGUUCGGUCUCCACUGGGCAGGGUUGCCAUACCCUGUCCAGCUUUCCGACUACUCCUCCAACCUCCUCCCCAUCCUCCACUCCCACCACCUGGUUGCCGCCAUGACCCUCCAUUAUAAUAUGGGGGUCAGCAACCGGUGGUGGGAGCUCAAUAACCAUCUGGGGCUCUACCUCUCCCCUGCGGCCGCCGCGGAGCCAGCCACCGUUCCUCCAAUGGAGGACUUGAUGCCCAUGGAAGGCAUCGAGGUGUCUGUGGGUGUUUCGGCCGCGACCGUCGGCACCUGUGUCCGGGAGUACUCUCCCGGCAUGGAUGUCUGUGAGGAGUUGGGCGUGUCCUCUGCCGCUCCCGCCCCGGCGACGGCCGACACCAGUGUCCGGGAGUACUCUCCCGGCAUGGAUGUCUGCGAGGACUCCGCUGCGUCCUCCGCCCCCCUCCUCCCCCGCGAGCCCCGCUGUUGCCGCUCCUGUCCCCCUGACCCCUCCUGCUGCCGCAACUUCUUCUGCCGCUCCCGGCCCCGCGGCCUCCACCCCAUUACCUCCCUCGCGUUUGAGCUGGCGGGAAGCCGCUCCAUCUCCGAGCCCAUAGCUCUGGGCUCCCGCAAUAGAAGCUGUUCGACGCUGGUCGUCGAUUCUAAUUAA